AUUCGUGUCGUGGAUAACGUCUGUCGAAAUGAUGGCAGCCGCCUCCUUGUACGCUUUCGGCAACCGGCUGGAGAAAAUGGUGAUUCAAAUGAUGUAGCUGCGUCUAUAGAUGAAUUUGCCUGGAUGGCAGAGGUUGGGACGCGUGGAAUAGCCCUCCGACGCAGUGAAAGUCGGGCUAGUGAAGAUGGCGUCAACAUGGUGGAAUUAUUGAGAUCAGAACGUGAAGAAGCGAGGCAAAUGGAUGAUUUCACGUCGACUAAUACUUUAUUCGUAUUUAUAGAAGAAUCAAGGCCUAGAAGCGAAAAGGUAAAAUGCAUCAAAAAUAAAAUGUAUUUUUAG